CGAUGGGCCUUUUCAAAUAGACUACUACCACUUUAAAUGGGUUCAGAGUUCUCCGCUGCACGUGGUCGAAUCAACAUGGCAGCGCCCUGUGCGUCUCUGUGAGAGUGCAAUUGAGCAAGUUGAGUAUAAGAAGUGAGUGAUGGCGGAUGUUGGUGGCAGCCCAGUGGCUGAUGCUCCACCUUUAAACGAGGAGAAUCCCGAGGAGAAUCCCGAGGACCUCCCUCAGGGCAACGACAAAGACGCAAAGGCUGACGACAAUGCUGACGACAAUGCUGACGACAAAGCCGAUGACAAAGCUGACGGGGGCACCAAGGCGUCCUCUGACAUGUACCGCUACAUCAAAGCGGACCUCUUCACCUCAGAGAUCUACAAAGUGGAGAUCAGGAACCUACCAAAGUUCAUCGGCUUCAACGAUCUGAAGAAGUUCCUGGCCAAACACGGCGUCGACCCGCACAAAAUCAAGCUGUUCGGCAAGCAGACUUUCGCUUUCGUCACCUUCAAGAACGAAGAGGAGCGCGACAAGGCCAUGAAGCUGGUCCACGGCAUGCAGUGGAAGGGCCAGGUGCUGAGCGUCCGGCAUGCCAAACCCAAGGUGGACCCCAUCCUGAGGAAGAGGAAGCAGGAGGAAGGAGACUUCUCGGGGGGACAGCCGCCCUCCAAGCGGGCCGAGGGGGAGCAGGGGGAGGAGGAGCCGCUCAGCGUCCAGAUAGCCAACGUGGUGACUCCUCUGUGGAACGUGCCUUAUGAGGAGCAGCUGAGGAGGAAGGAGCAGGAGGUGGUGGGCGUUCUGCAGCGGCUGGCCAAAGAGAUCGGGAGCACCAACAAAGCCAUGUUGCCGUGGCUGUUUGCGCAGAAAGGAAAGUACAACAGGAUGUGUUGUUCUCUGACGGCUAUCCGACCGUCUCCCACGCAGACGGCGUACAGAAACAAGUGCGAGUUCCUCAUUUCGGUGGGUGCCGACGGAGAGGACAAGACCAUCGGUUUCCGCCUGGGGAAGUACAAAGGCGGCUCCUGUGCCGUGGUGGGGCCCGCCGAGACGCGCCACGUCUCGGCCGAGGCCAAGCGAGUGGUCGCCGCGUUUCAGAAGUUCAUCAGGACGACGUCAUACCCUGUGUACAGUCCCGAAACAUACGAAGGACACUGGAAGCAGCUGACUGUGAGGACCACGAGGAGCGGACAAGCCAUGGCCGUAGCCUUCUUCAACACGCAGAAACUCCAAGAAGCGGAAGUGGGCGCAUUGAAGAGCUCCAUGAAGACGUACUUCACAGAAGGAGAGGGGAAAGACAGCGGAGUAACCUCUCUCUACUUUGUCAGAGAAGGUCAAAGGACUUUUCCAAACCCAGAGGACCUGCCCUGUGAGCUGGUGGCUGGAGAGAGCAGCAUUCAUGAGGAACUCCUGGGUCUGAAGUUCAGAAUAUCUCCUCAUUCCUUCUUCCAAGUAAGAGACUUUGAGUCCUUUUUCCCAGCGGCAGGUUUGUAUCACUGCGGCGCGUGUCUUCGUGGUGCCUCUGUGAAACGUGUGUGUGUGACCUGGCAGGUGAAUACAGGAGCUGCAGAGGUGCUGUACUCUGCUGUGGGGGAAUGGGCCCAGCUGGACCAGGACAGCACAGUGCUGGACGUGUGCUGUGGGACGGGAACCAUCGGCAUCUCUCUGGCCAAGAGGGUAAAGAAGGUGAUUGGAAUCGAAAUGUGCCAUGAAGCCGUGGAGGACGCCAAAGUUAAUGCGAAGGUCAACGGUCUGACGAAUGUAGAGUUUCACUGCGGAAAAGCCGAGGACCUGUUCCCCAACAUCGUCAACGCCGUCGUGUCCGCCAACGUCACGGCCAUUGUGGAUCCGCCGAGGGCGGGCCUACAUUCCAAGGUCAUACUUGCCAUCAGGAGGGCGGAGCACCUGAAGAGGCUGGUUUACGUAGCGUGCAAUGCUAAGGCGGCCAUGAACAACUUCAUAGAUCUGUGCAGAGCGCCAUCCAACAGAGUGCACGGAGCGCCAUUUCGUCCGGUGCGAGCCAUGGCCGUGGAUCUGUUCCCUCAGACCAUGCACGUGGAGAUGAUGCUGCUGCUGGAGAGAGUGGACUACGACUCCCAGCAGCAGGCCAGCCAGCAAUGAGGAAGAGACAUUCUGUGCACGCCCAUACCAGCACAAUCCAUAAGGUUUAACAUGGCAGAAAAAUAUCACAACGUUCUAUUGCAUCAGGUUGUAAUUUAGUCAAUCAUCCUACCGUCGCAUGUAAUUUGUCAUACUAUUGUCCGUGGGGCUUGCUGACUGCAAAAUGCGACCGGAUGCAGCAGGACAUCGCUGGUAUAUUUGGCACGCUGAUCGUGUGGGAGUUCCAGAUUCGAAUUUAACCGGAAAUGAUUUGAAAUUUGUUUUUGUUAAAAUAAUCUGCAAAGCCUUAUAUAGUCUUUAUUGUUAAAGGGACAGUUCAUUUAAGUAACAAUGUACCGCUUACCUUGUCAUUUUAUAAUGCAAUGUUAAUUCAUGCUUCCAAUAAAGUUGCAAUAAGUACGGUA